AUGCCGAGUGAAACAGAGAAUACGAAAGAGAGGACAUCAAAUCUCGGUAUCGACGCAAAUAAUGCGGCCAAGACAUAUCUAAGUUUUCUGCAGAAUGAGGUCCAGAGACUGAAGGAUGAAGAAGAUCGAGAUCGGUGGAUUCUAGAGUUGAUGGAACAAAAUGAGUCACUUGAGAAGGAAGUACAACGACUGGAAGAACAGAUCAAGAAGCUGAGGCAAGAUAAGGAAGAGGAAGCCGAGAAAUAA